GACUAAUCACGUGACAAUGAGGCUAUGUUCACGACGCUGCGUGCGAUAUAUCAACUGACGUCAACUUCAUAGACGUCGCAUCGUACAUACAUACAUCGUUUUUGCAUUGCACAGAAAAAUGUUACUCUUGAAUGCACAAUUCAUUUUGUUGAUAAGUUCAAUUCUGCUGUCGGUGCACGUCAGUGUAGGAGAAAAUAAAUACUCCGCCGAGGCGAACAAACCUAAAAAUGCGGGCUCUUCGGAGUCCCCAAUUUCUCUCAGGGAGUUGGACAAACCAUUCCGGAUGGCAAAGUUAAAUGUAGUCUGGGUUAAGGCGAAAAACCGUCUGACGGAUACCAAGCUGCAGUCGAUCUUCAGCGACCUGAAGAUUCACGACAAAGAAGAGAUCGCGUACAAGCACUUUAAGUCCGAUGGCAAGGAUCCCGAAGGUUCGGAGGAGGCGCGUCUGAGAAAGAAGCUCAUUGGGAUCAUGAGCACGUACGACUUACUGGAACAUUUUGCUGAAACAGAGGAUCCGAAAUUACUUAAAGUUCACAAAGCACUGAACGACGGCAGCAAUUAUGUCGCUAAGAAUGUAUUUAAAGACACAAGAUUGGACAAAUUGUGGGCUAAAGCUGAAGUCGCUGGCUUUUCUGAUGAGGAACUCGAGACUUUGAAGCAAGAAUUCCAACAUCACCAAGACAAGAUGGAUGAAUUUGUCAGUUUAUUGAAGGGACAGUCCAAAGACUCAGAGAAAUCUCAUAAUACCUUGCACCUUAAGCCAGACAACUUGAAUGAAUUGGAGGAGGAAUUAUCCAACAACGUGCCAAGUCCGAAAUUAAGUCACGAGGAAAAAUCGGGUUUACUUCGGGAGAAACAUUUAGAACUGAGAAGUGGAUACGACCGCUUGGAUAGACUCACCGCAAAGGGACCGAACUAUAAGGAGUUUAUCGAACCCAAGGUGCAAGGAUUGUGGAAAGUUGCGCGAGAAGCAAACUUCUCUUCCGACGAGCUGGCGUCUCUAAAGGAGGAGCUUUUGCAUUACGAAGCGAAAUUACUCAAACUGCAACACCUGCAUGCCGAGGGAGCUCUGGAAGCAGCGCGGAAGAGGCAACCCGAGGAUUCAGAUAAUUCAAUUGCAGAUCAACACAUAAAGAAGCACAUUAGGACUGUACAGAAACUUCAUACGGACCUGGAAACGAAAAUUAUGCAAAGGCACACGGAACUGUAACAUAAUUGAUAAUUGCCAUUUUUACAAAAUAUUAAAAAACUGUGUAUGCUGUGCAAUUUAUAUUAAUAUAUGUAGCAGUUAAAAAAAAAGAGUAAUUAUUUUUAUGGAAAGUAAAUUUAGUACAAGUCUAUUUUUGUAAAACUCGUUAAUUAACAAUAAAAAAAUAAUCGUUACUAAA